AUGUCUGAUCUCGACCACCAGCUUCCGUCUGCUUUUGAUCCGUUUGCAGAGGCAAAUGCUGAGGACUCCAGCGCUGGUGCUGGAUCAAAGGACUAUGUGCACGUGCGAAUUCAGCAGCGCAACGGAAGAAAGAGUCUGACAACUGUUCAGGGCCUGAAGAAAGAGUACAGCUACAACAAGAUCCUCAAGGAUCUCAAAAAAGAGUUCUGCUGCAAUGGUACUGUAGUCCAGGAUCCAGAGCUAGGCCAGGUCAUUCAACUGCAAGGUGAUCAGCGUAAAAAUGUUGCUACUUUCCUAGUCCAGGCUGGAAUAAUGAAGAAAGAUAGCAUCAAGAUUCACGGGUUUUAG